AAACGCUGUCGCUUUAAGCAUAACUUUAAACACUUGCCCCCAAAACGACACCGUCUAGCUCUAAAAAAACGCAUUCCGUCAUUUCCUUACAAGGAAAUCAAAAACACCAUCACCACCAACCAGCAACGUGAAGAGGGCGAGAGACAGCAUUUCCUCCAGAGAGAGAAACAAAGCGACCCGACCCAAAUCAGAAAAAAGAUGGGCAAGGAUCUGAGCGACGACCAGGUGUCAUCUAUGAAAGAAGCGUUCACACUCUUCGAUACAGAUGGUGACGGAAAGAUAGCCCCAUCGGAAUUAGGGAUCUUAAUGCGAUCUCUCGGUGGAAACCCGACCCAAGCCCAAUUAAAAUCCAUAAUCUCCCAGGAGAACCUGACUGCACCGUUUGAUUUCCCUAGAUUCCUUGAUUUAAUGGCAAAGCACAUGAAAGCUGAGCCGUUUGAUCGACAGUUACGAGAUGCAUUCAAAGUGCUUGAUAAGGAUAACACGGGGUUUGUUGCUGUUGCGGAUCUGCGUCAUAUUUUGACCAGUAUUGGGGAGAAGUUGGAGUUGGCGGAGUUUGAUGAGUGGAUCCGAGAAGUUGAUGUCGGGUCCGAUGGGAGGAUCCGGUACGAGGAUUUUAUUGCCAGAAUGGUUACGAAGUGAAAAUUAAUGAUUUGGUUUGUUAAGAGUUUCAAGUGCUUGUGUGUUUGUUGUGGAAGUAAUUUGUGGUAAAGUAAGCCUGUUAUUUGUUAAAAAGAAACGUUGUUCUUGUUUUGAGGGCAUGAGUGUUUGUUUUGGGUUUUGUUUGUAAUGGAUGACGAUGAUGAUGGUGUUAAUGUUUUUACCUUAAUUGACUCGUUGAAUUAAUUUUCA